AUGACUAAGACGAUUGAGGACGCCUAUAGCAGUUACAAUUUAGUGGAUGAAUCUUCCAGCCAGGCUUUAAAGGAAAAGAUAAAUCUGAAAGCUAGAGACCUACUUCCACGAUAUAUGGAACCUGUUCCCCUUAGUUUCGCGGUCCAUAACUACGAAAACCUAAUGAAAACGUCAUACGAUGCUGGAACUGGUAUUGGGUUGACCAAUGUUGCACUUCAGGUAUUCACAGACGCCAAACAAUCUUCGGGGAGUGGACUUGGCUCAAAGAUCGACAUCAUUGUAGUCAAGGGCACGGUACCGCAAACUCAUAUAGAUCUUCUGUCAGAGGCAAGCGUCGGGGUUCACAAGGCAAUCUGCAGAAGCAGAAAGAGUAAGAACUCGCAAAGGAUGGAUUCCCAUGGCAUUUGCUUUGUCAGUCUGCCCAACACUGGCGCUGGCAACACCUGGCGCAAGCUGACCUAUCGCGACAAUAGCGAUAGAGGCUUCUGUAACUACAUCGAGCUACCCGAUGUUUUGUCCCCACUCACGAUCACUGGGGAUUUCUUGCGCAAGAUGUUGCUUGGAUCAGUGGUUUCGCCAGCCAUACGAUGUUCUGAAUAG